UUUUCACAAUUAAGCACUUUCCGCAGAAGAAAUCCUAAAAGGCGUUUCAGAAAUGAUUCACAGAUAUACACACAAAAUCACGAGGGGGUAAAUAGUGCGAGAAAUGGUGGCACACGCGGCGGCGAUGGAAACCCUAAGCGAGCGCGCGGCGUUGAUGAGAGAAUCAAUGCAGAAAACGCAGUCGAUCACGGAUAGCAUGGUGGCGAUCCUCGGCUCCUUCGACCACCGCCUCUCCGCACUCGAGACCGCCAUGCGCCCCACACAGUUGAGAACGCAUUCGAUAAGGAGAGCGCAUGAGAACAUUGACAAGACGCUCAAGGCUGCAGAGGCUAUUCUUAAUCAAUUUGAUAGAUCACGCCAGGCUGAGGCUAAAAUCUUAAGGGGCCCGCAUGAGGAUUUGGAAAGUUACCUUGAAGCAGUGGAUCAACUAAGAAGUAUUGUUCGUUUUUUUAGUGGAAACAAAGGCUUUAAGAGUAGUAUAAUGGUGGUCAACCAAGCCAACAACUUACUUGGCAAGGCAAUCUCUAAACUAGAAGAAGAAUUUCGACAGCUUCUCAACGCAUACAGCAAACCUGUCGAACCUGAUCGUCUCUUUGAUUGCCUGCCAAACUCUAUGAGGCCAUCAGCCGGGUCACCUCGUGAUGGUGAAUCAAAUGGAAAGAAACAAUCUGAGCACCAAAAUAAAAGUUUGGAACCUGUCGUCUAUCAACUUCCAACUCUAAUUCCACCUAGAAUUCUGCCUUUGUUACACGAUAUGACCCAGCAAAUGAUUCAAGCCGGCCAUCAACUGCAGAUUGCCACUAUAUACAGGGACGCUCGGGCUUCAGCAGUUGAACAAACUCUCAGAAAACUAGGUGUCGAACGACUUGGUAAAGAGGAUGUACAAAAGAUGCAAUGGGAAGUUCUUGAGGCAAAGAUAGGAAACUGGAUUCAUUUUAUGCGAAUUGCUGUCAAACUUUUGUUUGCUGGUGAAAAAAAAGUUUGUGAUGAGAUUUUUGAGGGACACGAAAAUCUUGGGGAGCAGUGUUUUGCUGAAGUUACGGCAAACAGUGUGACGAUGCUCCUCAGUUUUGGUGAAGCUAUUGCUAAGAGCAAACGAUCACCAGAAAAGUUGUUUGUCCUCCUGGACAUGUACGAGAUAAUGCGAGAACUUCAGACCGAGAUAGAUAUCAUAUUCGCAAGUAAAUACUGUGGUGAAAUGCGGGAAGCAUCUCUGGUUCUCUCGAAACGACUAGCUCAGACUGCUCAGGAAACAUUCGGUGAUUUCGAGGAAGCAGUUGAAAAAGAUGCCACAAAAACUGCCGUUCUUGACGGAACAGUCCAUCCUUUAACCAGCUACGUCAUUAACUACGUGAAAUUUCUAUUCGACUAUCAUUCGACUCUACAACAACUGUUUAAGGAGUUUGAUGAUGGUGACGCGGAAAAGCAGUUGGCUUCUAUAACGACGCGGAUAAUGCAGGCUCUUCAGAGUAACCUUGACGGAAAAUCGAAGCAAUAUAAAGAUCCUGCUUUAACUCAACUAUUUCUGAUGAACAACAUACACUAUAUUGUACGAUCUGUGCGCAGGUCGGAGGCAAAGGAUCUACUAGGUGAUGACUGGGUGCAGAUACAUAGACGAGUUGUUCAGCAGCAUGCUAAUCAGUACAAACGGAUUGCUUGGUCGAAGAUUCUGCAGUGCCUUUCGAUUCAGGGAGCUCAGUCGGGAGGGAGUGGUUCGUUUGGAGAUGGUGGAAGCACAGCUGGCGUUUCUCGGGCGAUGGUGAAAGACAGGUUCAAAAACUUCAACAUGCUCUUUGAGGAGAUUCAUCAGAGACAAUCUCAAUGGACUGUUCCCGACAGUGAAUUACGAGAGUCUUUGAGGCUCGCUGUUGCUGAAGUCUUACUCCCUGCCUAUAGGUCUUUCAUUAGACGUUUUGGGCCUAUGAUUGAGGGUGGAAAAAAUCCACAAAAGUAUAUAAGAUAUAGUCCAGAAGACCUCGAGAGAAUGCUGGCAGAGUUUUUUGAAGGAAAGACCUGGAACGAACCGAGGCGAUAGAUUUAUGUUAUGAAAAACGAAUACUACAAAUACACAGAUUUUACUUUAAAAUAUAUAUUAUAUUCACUCUACAAAAAUAAAGAUCAUCUUAUGUGUACAAACGAUGUUAUGUAAUUUACGUUUUCAUCUGUUUGUCUGUGUGUAGACGCUUGCUCUAGGAUAUUACUUUUUUCUAGUCUUUGUUAAGCCAAGCCCGUGGCACCCUUGUGAAUAUGUAUUACAAUUCGGG